AUGUCUACCUCUACUUUCACAUCAACUGCUCCUAUUAAUAACAUCAAAAAUCUCGUAUAUAAUAUUCUUAAAACCUUCAAGGAUGGCAUUAUUAAGGGUAAAAAAAUUACAGAACUAGGGCCAUGCUCCGAAUGUGACAAUGAUAUUUUAAUAUCUCCUCUCAAAGCAUUCACAUACCUAGCAUGCAGACACUUUUUUCAUAGACUCUGUAUCGAAAAAAAACUUUUACUUAUUGUUCCAAACACAUGUCUAUUCCUAAAUUAUGGAAAGAAUGUAGAAAUAUUAGAUCAAGCCAAUCCCCUUGGCACUGUUUCCAAUUUGCCAUUAACUAAUCCCAAGAAGGCCUCCCAAUCAACUGAAAUUUCACCUUUGAUAGGCAAAACAUUUGUCCUAUCUUCACCACCUAUACGGAUACUACCUAUAUGGAUGGAAGGGAUCGAGGAUACAGCAACUCAACAAGUCAAAAGUAAUUUGAGAUGUGCCAAAUGUUCUGAAGAUUUUUCUUCAUGUCUCCUACUUAUAGGCUUUCUUUGGUUCUCCCUUCAACUUCAAGGCCCCUUGAAACCACUCAUAUACUUAACCUGCAAACAUAUCAUCCAUUACAAUUGUAUCGAUAAUCCACAAAAACUAUGUCCUAUAUGUCCAUCAACUAAUAUGGAACCGGAAGAGGAAGAAGAAAUGAGUGUUGAUGGUGAAGAACAACCUGAUACCAGUAAUAAAAAAUGUUCCAAUGAAGGUAUAGACGUCAACUCAUCUUCACCCAAGAAGAAGGCAAAGAAAGCAGUUAGAAGAGAAGAUUUGUUCAUUUUGAAAAAGCUUAUCAAGGAAUUGUCUGUUCCAAUUCCACAGCAAAGCUCUUCUGGUAGUAUUAUUUCUCUACAGACAUUCUCUGAUAUAGAUAUUAACUCAGUUAAUUUUCGUGAACUAGAAAAUAAGAUUAUCAAUGCCGAAGAUGGUAAUAAAAAAACUAUUCUAGAAAUGAUUCAUGUAUAUUAUUAUUUUGGAAAAGGGUAUAGGUUAUGGUUUGACCAUUAUAAAAAAACAUAUAGUGAGGAUAUGUCCAAUUCUUUAGUUAAUGAUAAAAUUCGGGAGCACUUUCCAGACCAGGACAAAGUUUCAGAAACUAAUCUUAGAAAAAGGAAGGAAAAGGCAAUAAAAAUCUUUAAACUCUUUGAUGAGGUUGGAAGAGAAGGAAAGAUAUAUUGUAUUAAGUCUUUUUCUGUGUCAACUAUUUUGAGACUGGGCAUGGAUAAUAUUGAUUAUGUAAAAGCUAAGCAAGAUAUAAAGCAUGUAGGAGUAUGUGGAAGUUCAACCAACUUUCCCGCAAAAAAUUUAAGUAAUAUUCGUCUCGUCUGCUUUGUUCAUGGCGAGGCUGAAGAAGAUAUUUUCCCUAUAGUGAUUGAUAAUAAUACAACUGUUGAAAAUCUGGGAGUCGAAAUCAGAAAUGUCCGGCGAGACUUAAAUCAAAAAAACUUCGAUCUAUAUGAAGUGUUGGAAAAAGAUCCCGAGGAUACUGGGCUCUAG